AAUGUAGCGAAAGCGGCAGGGAAAGCUCACGCGAAAGUCAUCCACAUCAGCGCCAUCGGCGCAAAUUGCAACAGUCCUGUGCCGUACGCCCGAACGAAGGCCCUCGGAGAAGACGCGAUCCUGGAUGCGUGCCCGGACGCAACAAUUAUACGGCCGAGCAUCUUAUUUGGGAAGGGAGACGGCUUUUUUACUCGCUUUGCACAGCUGGCGAAAAUCUUGCCCGUUAUGCCAGUCUUUGGUGGCGGUACUGCCAGGUUUCAGCCCGUAUUCGUCGACGAUGUAGCUCGCGCUAUCGAGAUCCUGAGCAGGAGGGAAAUUGAAACCAAUGAAGCAUGCGAUGGAAAGACCAUCGAGGCUGGUGGUCCGGAAGUUUUUACGUAUCGUGAGAUUAUAGAGCUGGUUCUGAAGCAUACGAACAAAAAGAGACCGAUCAUCUCGGUUCCAUACGCGGUUGGCACUCUGCAAGGACUCGUGUUCGAGAAGCUUCCUCCUAACCUGCUCACCAUCACUCGAGCACAGGUCCAGCAGCUGAAGGAAGACAACAUCGUAAAUCCAGCAACAUACCAGGACGCCUGCUCCUUCAGAGACAUUCUAGGAAAUAACGGGUUCAAGCUGACCUCUGUGAACGACGUCCUUCCUUCAUACCUUCCGUAUGUGUAAAGCCAUCAUGUCGGGCGAACCGUCCGCGGAGUGAUAUGGAGUGUCGGCCGAAGAAAU